AUGCACGAGGCCAUCAUCCUGGCCAAUUGGCCUUCGUGCCUCAACAGCCUCGCCUGGUCGCACGAUUGCAUUCUCGCACUCGCGGCAGGCGAGACGGUCGAAUUGCUGAUCCCGGUCCUAAGCGCCGACAGUGAUGAUGUAGAUACCGGCCUCCAAGGCACGCAGCAUUGGAUCAACGUCCACAUCCGCACCAACCAAUUCACUUCGACCGAAGUCCCGCCCAUCGACCCUCUCCCUCUCCGCGCAAGCUCCGUCGGCGAAGAGAUAUCCACAAGCGAUACCUCCCUCAUAGAAUGGUCUCCACCUGGCCUCGCAAAGCAUGCGAGGUGUGCCCUAGCCGUGCUCACCACCAACCUCACCUUAUCUCUCUGGGUCUCGGACUCGGACCCCAAAGUUACCAGAAGCUGGAAGCGUGUGUUGAUCUUGAACCAUGAGCUGGAAAUGUACUUCCAGGAGCUGUACGCUCAUGAAGAGUUUCGCCUCGAGCUGGACUGCGAGACUCGGCGUAGGCUGCGGAGACGCAUCAGAUCGUUUGCGUGGAGCCCCCAAUUGCGCCCACCUCCGCCAUCACAGUACUCCGUCCAAGAAGCUCGGUUCCCCAUCAACGGUAGCUUCAUUGCAGUAUCAAACGACAACAAUGACGUCGUCAUUCUGCGCAUCGACUCUCCUUAUAGUUUCUUCAGCCCUCCGUCGGCAAAAUGGUCUGCUCGCGCAGUGGCGCACUUCUCCCUUGAACCUAAGCUGGACAUGCACCAGGGUCCACGCCUGUUCUUGCUCGCCGAGACGCUGAGCGAACAGCGCUUCAUUAGCAAUCUUGCGUGGAGCCCUUGGACCAUAGAUCCUGAUGGCGUACCAACAGCCAUCUUGGCUUACACGACUAACUGUAGCGUCCAUCUGAGGCGCGUACGCAUUCCGCCCUUCUCUGCCGACGUGUCGUUGGACCAGACCGACGUCUUCUCGGAUUCGUCUGCGGGUACGAGAAACGUGCACUUACUGCGCUGGAUGCCCAAAGCUCGCGAUGACGUUUUCUACUUGGUGGCCUUCUCCCAAGCCGGCGCAUUCUGCUUCGAGGUCCCGUGUCUGGAUCCAUCAAAGACUACAGUCUCGACGCAUGACCUCGACGGGAGGUGGGAUACCGUGUCCGACCUGAGCGCGGAGGCUCUGAUUUACUGCACCAAGACUUGGUUGGAGGAAUUGCCUGAAGAAAGCAGGGCCGAAUCUGCCGUGCGUAGUACGAUACUGGAACAGUUCUGGAGGGCUCUGGGCCUCUCGAACGAUCACGACGACGACCCCGUCGUCGGGUACCCUGAAGCACGUGCGGACGGACUCGAUCUCGAAGAACGGACAUCACUGGCCCAGGCUCUCAGGAGAGCGGUAUACUACAACGACAGGAGCAUCCUCAAGCAGCGAUACGGUCGCCUUUUGACCUUGUUUUUUGACCCCAAAGGGACGACACAAUCAGACGACGCCCCGGCGAUUCAGAAGCUGGUCACGGAAGUGCUCAAGCUACCGAGAUCGUCUUACAACGAUAGCGAGGCGAGCCGCAAAAUCAGGACGGUCUAUUCGUCCAUGCUUCCUUGGCUUUCGGACGCCGAGACCGACGGUAUGGACGAUGGUGCUGUGGAGACCUCGACGGACAAGCACGUGGAAGAAUGCGAGAUCUGCGACGACAGCAUUGGUUUCGAGAGCUUUGCGUGGGCGCGAUGCGGCCAAGGCCACGAGUUUGUUCGCUGUUCUCUCACAUUCCUCGCUAUCCAGGCGCCCGGCAUCUCCAAGCUUUGCGGAAUUUGCGGCAAGCGUUAUUUGAACGAGGAGUUUGUCGUCCGGACGGACAAGCUGGCAGGAGCUGCGGAAGCCCGGCAAUCCGGUGACAGCAGUCAGCAGGACGUCGUCAUGCCAGACGCUGAUGGCGGUCAACAAGAAGGCAUCCUCCCUUCGACUGAAGCUAACGUGACCGCCGGUGAGGGAUCAUCCAAGCAAGGAGGAAGUACCGGUCAGGAUAGAGCACCUGCGGUUGACUACGGCCGGUCGCCGAUCACGUUGGCGCGCAUCCUCUUCGCAGCCUGUGAUGUAUGCAUUUACUGCGGGGGUAAAUUCGUCGGAUGA